UUGGGUGGAGGCGCGGCACUGUGUCCCCUGAUAGUGUGAACAUCACACAACACUUUGCCUUCUUUUGUGGCGCACGGUUCAGCAUGGCGAAGAACUGUGACAGCCUCGGGAUUCCUGCUGGCCACAUGAGCCAGGCAGUGUCAGAUGGAGAGUUGAACAUGUCGGCCCGGGCAUGCAGCGGCAGCAGCUGCAGCCUCCCAGCGACUGCGGGGAGAGACGUUAACCUGGCUAACAGUGUGCUGACCUGGGCUGUCUCCUUUGAAAAUCUGUUGGAGGACCCCUCUGGGGUUCGCUACUUUUCGGCCUUUUUGAGGUCUGAAGUCAGCGAGGAGAACAUUUUAUUUUGGCAGGCUUGUGAAAAGUUCCAAAAGAUUCCAGACACCAGUUUGGAAGAGUUGAAGGCAGCUGCUCGCUUCAUCUACAAUACCUACCUGUCUGAAAAUGCGCCGCACUCCAUCAACAUCGAUGACUCAGCCAAGACAGAUGAGAAGGACCUGGAGCAGCCCUCAUGUGAGAUGUUUAACAAGGCUCAAGCACAGAUUUUUAAACUGAUGAAGAUGGACAGUUACAGGCGCUUUGUGCGCUCUCCCCUCUACCAGAGUUGCACAUUGGCAAGCGUAGAAGGAAAAUGUCUACCUCCUCUCUCUAGAAGGGCUAUUUGCAUGGGAUCCUGGGAAGAUGUGACCACCAGAAGUGAGGGCAACAAGCAGGGCAAGAAGUUGGACUUGAACAACAAAAACCUCAUGGACAAACGGAGACAGAAAAGAGGAUCUUGGGGAGAGGUUGACGCAUCACAAAGCCAUGCUUCAGUGUCCCCAAAUGGCUCCAUCAAGUCAAACAGCAGUGUGGAGCUCGUCUCUCUCUACAGGCAGAUGGAGAAUGGGCGAGCACGUUCGCGGUCCCCGGAGCAGGCUGGUGGAGGUGCAAACUGGAUGGGGAUGGAUGGAGGGUACUGCUGCGUCUAUCUGCCUGACGGCAGCGCCUCUUUAGUCCCCACACGACCACAACAGCUCAUCAAAGAGACGUUGGCCAGCUUGUGUGAAAAGAGGGGAUUCCCACUGAAAGAUGUCAUCAUUUACUUUUACGGCAAGGACAAGCAGCCUUUAUCACUGGAUCAGGACUGCUCGGUGCUGAGAGACCAGCAGGUCUCCCUGGAGCUCAGGGUGACUUUUGUGUUGGAGAUUACCUUCACUGGUAAGACUGUGGGGAUUGUGGCCAAGUCCAGCAAGACGCUACAGGAUGCCCUCUCUGUGGUUCUACAAAAACACAACCUCAGACCUCAGGAUGCUCAUGUCACCAUGGUCGGCAGUGACGAGGCCGUGUGCAUGAGCAGCAGUGUGUUCAGGCUAGCCAAUAAGACGUUGCGGCUGGAGAAAGAUAAAGGAAAGGACCAGACCAGUAAUCCUAGAUCACCCACAGAGGCAGUACCUGGUACAAGCAACAUGAAGUCCAGAUUACCACAACCAACAGACAGAACUCAGCCCAAGCCCAGUAAGAACCGCGACAUGGAGGGGUUUCUGGAGAUGCUGACUCGGGCUCAGUGCUACAGGGUUGAUGACCAGAGAGGUCUUCUGACCAAAGAGCAGCUGGAGGUUCCUCUGUUCCUCCAGGUACCAUCAGAUCAGCAGGAGGAAGACGUCGCCACCAGUUCCAGUGCUGAUGAUGGAUCUCAGGAUAACACAUCAUUUACAUCAAGUUCUGCAAGAACAGCAGAGGAACCUGUUGAUUCUGUUGGACUAGAACCAAAAGACACAACAGCUGGAAAGACAAUGUGAUUCAAAAACAAACUACCAGCAUCACUUCAGGGAUGGUCAGUUAGUUAAAAAAAAAAGAUUGAGCACUUUGAAACUGCAGCUUUCUGCUACUAAUGAUCUUUCUGUAAUAUGUGGAAAAAAAAGACGGAACUCUGUGAUCAUUUGAUGUCCUUUUAAACACUACAAAUCAUGUGUGCUAUUGUUUGUUUCAAGAAGUGUGAAAGUUCUUGGCUCGUUGGUGUUAAAUGCUGUUUGAGUUUGUUUCCGUCUUCUCCAAUUUGUUUCUGUGUCCUGAAAGAGUCUUCAUUCUCCAACUCCAAACAAAAUCUAUUAUUUAUCUUUAUUUUUAUGCAGGAAAAGCAACUGUCCAGAAAGUCUUUGAGGUCUGCUACACCAUUGUUUCUUCUUUUUGAUUCAUUUUGUGGAAAUGUGUGUCCCCCCGUGUUUUUAUAUGCAUGUCCUUGCAUGCUUUAUGCUGGUUUCUGAUGCGUUUUGUUUUGAUGCCACAUUUUACAAGACCUGGUGCUGUUCCCUUCUCCUGUCACCUCAAAUUGCAUUCCAGUGUUUCACUUUAAUUGGAAAUUCAAAUUCUAUGAUGUCACAAGGAGCCUGUAUCCAAAGAAGUGCCUUAUGAGGAUUUCAUGAUUUCCGACCCAUUUGAUCCAUAUCCAUCUGUGUACAUCCAUUCUUAGUUAUGAUUAAAUUAUUGAAAUCAUCCUCA